UUUAGUAGUACUUUUUUUUAUUUUUAGAUGGCUGCACGUCGUUUACAAAAUUUGCAAGAAUGGACAAAUCAGAAUUUAUUUUUGGCAUCCUUCGAUUCUGGUUCUUAUUCUUACCAAAAUACCUUACCUACAAAUAAUCGACAACCAGAAAUUCAAGAAGAGGAUGAUGGAGAAUUUGAACUUCAAAAUUUGUCAUCAUCGAAUCCCUUUAAUAAAAAACAAAAUGCAAGUGAUGAUAAAUUGGCAGAUUAUGGAGAAAUUGGACAUUCUAAUGGAACUAAAUCAAUUACAUCAUUACAGGCAGCUUGGAAUGUUACAAACGCAAUUCAAGGCAUGUUUAUUGUUGGGUUGCCCUUUGCUGUUAAAGUUGGAGGAUGGUGUGCAAUUGGUGCAUUGGUUGGUGUUGCUUGGAUAUGUUACAAAACUGGACUAGCACUUAUUGAGUGUCUUUAUGAAGAAGAAUCUAAUAGUAGUGGCCGUAAGAGAAUUCAUCGAAGGCAAGAAAAUUUUUUGAAAAAAAAAAUUAUUUAA